AUGAUAUCAAUACGACCACUCCUAUCGUUACUAUCACUCGCCAGUACGGCACUGGCAAUCGGCCAGAAUGCAACUAUUGCUUUCAAUGCCUCUGCUGGCUCGCAUGAGUUGGCCUCGGGAGGCUCUUCGGUUCAGAUCAUGGCAGAUACUCAUGACUGGCCUGCUGUAUUGAAGGCUGCCCAUGAUUUGUCCCAAGACUUUGGUAGAGUCACUGGCACCAAUGGAUCUAUCAUUAUCUCAAAUACUUCUGAUACCUCUGGUGUACCUGCAUACAACGCCGGCUCGUACUUCAGCAGCAACCCCAACAAUGCCUCGAUGAUCUUCAACAUCACCAACUUGACUACUUUCAGCACCGCUAGUUCCGGAGCAAAAGGAGGAGUCAUCAUUGCAGGAACGAUUGGAAACUCUUCGCUCAUUGAUAUGCUCAUCAAGAGCGGCAAGAUUGAUGUCUCGGCUAUCAAUGGCACAUGGGAGGCAUUCACUUCCACCGUGGUCACAAGUCCUAUGGACGGCGUCACUGAAGCCUUGGUCAUUGCCGGUAGCGACAGGAGAGGAACAGUCUAUGGUCUAUACGACGUAUCGGAACAGAUUGGUGUUUCACCAUGGUACUUCUGGGCCGACUCGCCUCCGCAGAAGCACGAUUGCAUCUACGCUAUGAACACGACUAAAGUGCAGCCAUCUCCAUCCGUCAAGUACAGAGGUUUCUUCCUCAACGACGAAGCACCUGCUCUGACCGGAUAUGUCAACGAGAAGUUCGGUUUCACCAAGUAUGGCUCGAACUACGGGGCCGACUUUUACCACACUGUCUUUGAACUUCUGCUUCGUCUUAGAGCAAACUACCUCUGGCCAGCUCAGUGGAACUCGAUGUUCAACGUCGAUGACCCGAGAAGUCAGGCGAUGGCAGAUGAGUAUGGUAUUGUCAUGGGCACUUCCCACACCGAGCCUAUGAUGAGAUCUACUAAAGAAUGGAGUGAAUUCGGGCAUGGAGUCUGGUCGUGGGCGCAAAAUAACGCCUCAAUCUAUCCAUUCUUUGUCGAAGGUGCCGAAAGAACGCGCCCUUAUGAGGGUGUCAUCACUAUGGGCAUGCGUGGCUCAGGAGAUACCGCACUAUCGGCCGGUAUCGAGACCGAGCUCCUGGAGAACGUUGUCUCAACUCAGCGUGACAUCCUUGCUCAAGUCUUUGGCAAUGCUAGUGUCAUGAACCCCGACGCUGUGCCUCAGUUGUGGUGUUUUGUAAUGCGUAUGCUAAUGUUAAUUGGUGCUUUAGGUACAAGGGAAGUGCAGGGCUACUACGAGGCCGGCAUGACCGUUCCCGAAGACAUCACCUUACUCUGGACGGACGAUAACUGGGGAAACAUUCGAAGACUGCCUGUUGGUAAUGAGACCUCGAGAAGCGGAGGUGCAGGUGUCUACUACCAUUUCGAUUAUGUUGGUGAUCCGAAGACCUGGGAGCAGAUGCAUCUCGCAUAUGAAAGACAGGCCAGGCAAAUCUGGGUUGUGAACGUUGGAGACCUCAAGCCUCUCGAACUACCCAUUUCCCACUUCUUCGAUCUUGCAUACGACAUCACUCGGUGGGACAAGGACAGCACGCCUGAAUGGCUCGAACUUUGGGCGGCUCGCGAAUUCGGUCCCGAAGUUGCUGCGCAGACGGGAGCCCUCAUGAACACAUACUCCAUUCUUGCUGGCCGCAGAAAGUUCGAAGAGGUCGAUCCUAACACAUACAGCUUGAUAAACUACGACGAAGCUAACAAGGUCCUGGCUGAAUGGACAACGAUUCAACAGAAAGCUCAAAGCAUUCUCGAUAAACUGCCUGUAGCCACACAACCCGCCUUCUUCGAGAUGGUCUACCAUCCCAUCACGGCUGCCCGUACUUACUACGACAUCAUGAUCUCGGCAGCUAGAAACAAUGUUUACGCACAACAAGGACGUACUUCAACAAACGCUUUGGCCCAACAUGUGCAGAACCAGUUCUCAUAUGACCACCAGCUUUCAAAGUCAUAUAAUGGACUGCUCAACGGAAAGUGGAACCACAUGAUGGAUCAGACACACAUUGGCUACACGUACUGGCAACAACCCAUGAGACAGGCUUUGCCUCCUCUGCAAUACGUUCAAAUGGCUGAAAGAGCCUUGAUCGGUGACCUAGGUGUUGCUGUCGAGGGAUCUAAUGCUACAGUGCCUGGCGAUGACAGAUUCCACUCGCUCUCAUCCAUGACACUGUAUCUCCCGACUCUUGAUCCUUACGGACCUGCUCGCUGGAUUGAUGUCUUCCACACCGGUACUCAGCAGAUCACCUGGAACGUGCAGUCUAGCGUUCCUUACCUGAACUUCACACAGAAGACCGGCACCUUGUCUCCUAAUGGCACUACAGAUACUCGCAUCUGGGUCUCUGUCGACUGGUCAAAGGUCGCUCCUGGCGCAAUCAACUCAACCACCAUCAACAUCACCAGCUCUUCCAACUACGGUACCCAAUACAGCGUUCCCCAGGUUGUAAUCUCCUACAACCACACUGCUGUCCCAUCGAACUUUACCAAUGGCCACGUCGAGUCGGAUCGCACUGUCUCCAUCGAAGCAGAACACUACUCGUCUAUCUCUAACAGUGGCAACUCUUCGGUAUCGUAUGAGGUCAUUCCCGGAUUGUCGCGCACACUCUCGGGAGUCACUCUNUUCCCUGUCACUGCAGACUCUCUCACUACAGCAUCUGCUCCUGCUCUUGAGUACGACUUCUACACCUUCAGCAAUCUGAGCUCAGGAGUCUUGAUGGACCAGAACAUGGGAACUAGCACCAAGUACACUCCUAACACUGUCAACGUCACACUAUUCUUGGGCACUUCUCUUAACACCGAUCCUGAUCGCCCUCUUCGCUACGCCGUGCAGCUCGACAACCAAGAGCCCCAGACAAGGCAGUACAUUAUUGAUCAGCCAGCAGGAGCUAAUCCUACUGGCUGGUUGACUGCCGUCGCAGAUGUCAUCUGGUAUAACACAACCACGUUUAACUAUUCAGGGCCUGGAGCUCACAAGCUGAAGAUCUGGCAGCUUGAGCCAAGUGUAGUUUUGCAAAAGGUUGUCGUUGAUCUUGGUGGUGUGAGAAAGAGUUACCUUGGCCCUCCCGAGAGUUACAGAGUUUGA